AUGACUGUGUCCAAUGGUGCUACGAACGGCCAGCAGGCCCCGAGAAGACUUCUUUCAUGCGGCAUCUACGCCCCGACUAUGACCUUCUUCGACCCCGAGACUGAGGACCUCGACAUUCUCACCAUCAAGAAGCACGCCGCACGCCUGGUUAAGGAUGGACUUGCUGGUCUGGUAACUAUGGGCUCCAAUGGAGAGGCUGUUCAUUGUACACGAGAGGAAAAGGCGGCAGUUACCCGCGCCACCAGGGAAGCUUUGGAUGAGGCCGGUUUCAAGGACACACCCAUCAUUGUUGGCACAACUGAGGGUAGUGUUAGGGGAACAAUCGAGUUGUGCAAGAUCGCCCAGGAAGCUGGCGGCGAUUACGUCCUACUCCUCCCACCCUCAUACUUCCGUUUCCUCAUGGACGAGCAAGCAAUUCACGACUACUUCAUUGCCGUGGCCGACGAAAGCCCUCUACCGCUCGUUCUUUACAACUACCCUGGAGCCGUUGCCGGUAUCGACAUGGACUCGGACCUGCUGAUUAAGCUCGCCGCCCACCCCAACAUCGUGGGCACCAAAUUCACCUGCGGAAACACCGGCAAGCUCACACGAGUGGCACAGGCGAGUGACGCCAAGACUCCAUGGGCCGAAGGAUCUGGCUACAUGGCAUUUGGUGGAAUGUGCGACUUCACUGUCCAGACCUUGGCCAGCGGCGGCAGCGGUAUCAUUGCCGGCGGAGCCAACGUGAUGCCCAAGGUGUGCGUCAAGGUUUGGAACCUGUAUGUGGAGGGAAAGAUUGACGAAGCCAUUGCGCUCCAGAAGACGCUUGCCAAGGGCGAUUGGUUCUUGACCAAGUCUGCCAUUGCCGGCACUAAGCAGGCUAUUCAGAGCUAUUUUGGAUAUGGUGGAUACCCCAGGCGACCGCUCAAGAGGCUGGAAAAGGCCCGGGUGAACACCAUCGAAGAGGGUAUUAAGGAGGUUAUGGAGAUCGAGAAGUCACUGUAG